ACGUGUUAAAGAAUGCGCCGGAAAUUCAAGUUGUGUAACGAUUUUUUUUAACUUUUUAAUAGAACAUUGCAUCAACUUGAUCAAGUUAUAUAAGAUUCAAGUGUUGUAUAACUUGUUCUAUAAAUACCCGAUCACUGAUAGUUCAGCAAAUCAGUACGAAGAAGUCUCCAUUUGAGAGUAUUAUUUUAAAAGACUGUAUUUUAACUGUAAGCCCCUAAUGUAAAUAUUUAACUCAGUUUUCUUUCUUGUAUUGGCAGAGUUGGUGACUGUGUCCAUACAUGUUGUCAUAUAGUUUUGUUAAAGACAGGAUGAAGUUAUGUUUCUUUGUUUCAGAUUAUCCAAGACAUAACACAGAUCCCAUUUUCGUGGACAGAAAGUCUUUUUAUCAUCCAAGUCCUCAUAAAGAUGACCAGUAUUUUGAAAACAAUCGGUUCUGUGCUAUCAUCCAAAGGCCUGGACAAUCCCACAUACGAGGUUCUCAGCUCAGAGAAGAGAUGAAAAUUGAAAUGACAGCGCCCGUGUCAACCAAAGUAGAAGCAGGAGCAGGACCGAAUUGUGAGAGCACCUUUACAGUGUCUUUCUUCAUCCCUCAUGAACACCAGGAAAACCCGCCUCAACCAAAGAAUACAAAUGUGUUCCUGGAGGAGAGGCCUGGGUUCGAGGCCUACGUGAGGACAUUUGGAGGAUUCGCCAAUGACGAAUCAUGGGUAACUGAAGCACAGAAACUUUCCGAGGACCUGAAAGAGAAGACGGAGGAAAUUCGACAGGAUUACUGGUACUCAGCGGGUUACAACAGCCCAUUCCAACUGUUUGGUAGAACCAAUGAAAUCUGGUUUGUUAAAAAGUGACCAUAAAUUUUAUAUAAAAAGUUUACCACUUUGGAGGCCAUUUUACGUGAAUAGAUCUGCAUACGGAUGUACACCAAGGAAAGGAUUUUUUUCUGUGGACAGGGGUAAAAGCCAGUGUUACACUGGGAUGCUAUUGUAUGGAUACACGCAUUAUUUGUUAGCAAUUAAACAAAUUAACAUUGAAAUCUUGCUACAAGUUUUUGCAAUGAUUUUCCAUCUGUUUAUUCACAUUUUAAAAUGGGGAAAAAAUGACAAGGGAAUGAAACUGUUUGUCUGAGAAUGUUUCAUACUAUUUCAUAUUGAUACAUCGAUUUGUAAUACACUUCAUGUGGUCCAUGUAAUUCAAACCAUUUAUGUUGACAUUUUGUACAAUUGGUUACAUGUAUUAAAGUGAUACGCAUACAGCAUGUAUAUACAUAG